AAUUUGGUAUUCUCACACCUUUGUAGAUCAUAACACAAACCAACCUACAUAGAAUAGAAGGAAGAGUUCCAAAGUAAUUCCAAACAGUCGCACGAUAUGUACAGCAAUGGCGUAGGACAUCUCCCCAGAAGCGACCCCCUCCGCUUCUCCUUCCUCCACUCCACUCGACUUGAAAACCCUCCUCAAUUCGUCUCCUUCCGGAUCAGACCCGGACCCGCCAUCCGAUCCUCACUCAACGACACUAUUUCCGAGCGACCCGCCAUGAGUUUCUAUGAGCUGCUGGGCAUACCCGAGACGGGGUCUUUGGUAGAGAUCAAACAAGCGUACAAGCAGCUUGCGAGGAAGUAUCACCCGGACGUGUCUCCGCCGGGUCGGGCCGAGGAGUAUACCCAGGCGUUCAUUAGGGUACAGGAGGCUUACGAGACGUUGUCGGAUCCCAGGAGGAGAGCGUUGUAUGAUCGGGACAUGGCCAAGGGGGUUCACCUUGCGUUUACUGCCCGUCGGCGUGGCAUAUUUGAUGAGCAAAUGGAAGAGAAAAGUGAAUGGAAGAGCCGUUGGCAGUCUCAACUAUCGGAGCUCAAGAGAAAAAGCAUGCAGAAGGAUUCCGACGAUAACAUGUCAUGGGGAGCCAGAAUGCGCAGAGAAAGGAAUCAGUCAUCCUGAAUUUGCUUUGUCCUUUAAUUACUAGUGUAUAUAGAUUAUAGCUUAUAUCUUUCUGUUUAUUUUCUGGUGGUCUUAGAUGGAGCAUAGGGGCACUCUGCGUGAAUAGCAGAAGCAGUUCAGAGACAUGCUGGUUUUCAUAUAAACCAGAGAGCACGAUGUAAUUAUAUUAUAUUUUCUAAUAUUGCGCAUAACUAUAGGUCAGAUUUAUUAGUAUAUAAUCACCUAAUUGUUCACUUUAUUCGUUAAAUUCGCCUGCCGCCUAAGUAGCUCAUGGAACCUGAACCUGGAUGAAGUGAUAUUUUUUCGUUUUGUUUUUUCUUUAAGUGGUACUUAUA